UGAGAGCUCUCUCUCUCUCUCUCUUCCCCAGCUUUGCCAUCCUGCAUUUCUCUUCCCUGAGAAUCAGAAAACAGUUCUUUUAAAAAGAGACCCAUUCUCUCACUUAUUUAGGGUUUUUCAAACUCCACAUUUUCUUUAAUUUAUUGUUUUCUGAAUCUGAAGUGCAUUAGAUCUCUGCAAAUCGUACUUCUCUGAUGUUGGUGGUCUUGACAUAUACUCAGGUGACAUUAUUAAUGAAGAACUGAGAGUGGAUAAGAAACUUUCACUUUCCCUUACAAAUGAAGGUUUGGAUAUGGCCAUUGGUUCUUUAUCCCAGUAUUGUGUUCUGCUUACAAGCCUUAUGAAUAGUUGUCCUAUUUAGGCCAAGUCGUCUUUGAUUUCUGUGCUGUGUUUGCUGCCAAGUAAUGAGUUCAUUUACGCGUGUUUCUGAAAUUGUUGAAUCUAAGGAGGAGCUGAAAUUGGUUCCUCCAUCUGGAAAAUCCCGCCAGGCAAGAACAGCUGAAAGAGACUGGAAGCCUCCUGUGUCGAAAAAGGGACAGAAUAAUAAGUAUUUGGAGGAUGAUAUUAAUCGGCUUUUCGAGGCAAUUGACCUGCGAACGUCAAAGAGUCUGGAUUUGUCGGAUCGACCUAGAAGAGAUGCCUCGAAAAGACCAAUGAGGGGUGGUGGUGGUGGGAAUCAUUCGCCAGGAAUAGGGUUCUCUGAACCAGUCUCUCUAAAACAAGCGUUGCGGGGAUUAUGCAUUUCUCAGGCAUCGGAAAUGGCUGCUAUGAAAAGAUUAUCAAAGGCGCCCGGUUCUCCUAGUGUAUCAGAAGCUGGAAGGUUUACACACUCUUACAGGUCUGUUGAUGAUGGAAGAGGGGAAAUAUCUCCCGUGUCUGAAGAAGGCUCUUCGAGUUUUUCGUCUAGGGUGCCUCAUUUCCUACAUGAAUCCAACUUGAGAUCAGUCCGUAGCGCGCAGUCUUCUCCACGACAUUUCAUGAACCCAACCAUCAAGACUGCCGAGUCUUCUGUAUACCGAAGUGCUAGAAUAGUUCCUGCAGAAAGCACUUCAAGUUUUUCGGAGAAGGUGCCUCGAUACUGCCAAGAGUCCAAGUUGAAGUCACCGAACCAAAGUGCCCUUUCGUCCCCUAGAUUGGUUGGUGAACCAACUUCUAAGAUUACCGGGUCGAUCGUCCAACAAAAGGAGAGAAGGGAGCCCGCCGAAACCAUUUCGAGCCCCUUCGAUGAGGUACCUCAACACAUUCGAGAGACCAAGACGAAGUCACCAAAGCGAAGUACUCCUCUUAGGUCGGUUGAUCAACCAAUAUCAAAAGAUGCAGAGUCGUCUCUUCCCCAUCCCGAUCCCAAGAAGUCUCCAAAGAAAAACAAUUCCUCUCCUCAAUUGGUUGAUAAACAAGCUAUGAAAUCUAGAGAUUCCAAUAGAGUGCAAUGUGAAGCUGAACCUUCAUGUGCCCCUCUUGACAUUCAGUCAUUAGAAACGGUAGUGAAUGAUGAAGACUUCCACACUCACACUCCAGUUCCUUCGGUACCGAUUUGUUCUUCUGUUUACGGGGAAUUAGAGCCAGAAAAGGGGAACACUGCUCCAAUAAAGGCGACAAGAAAUUCAUCUAGAAGUGGUGGUACCUCGGUUAAAGGAGUGCAUAGAGCUGCACCCAAACUAAAACGGAAAGGCAGAUUGCAAAGUGUGCCUUUAUCCAAUGCAGCAAAGAGCAGCAAGGAUCUCAAGUCAACAAGAAGCACAUCUCGUGCCAUAAAACCAGCUAUUCGGAACAAAAAUAACAUUAAGAAGAAACCAAAACCGGAAACUUUGCAAGCAUUAGACAUUUCUCAUCUCUCAGAUGAAAAUGGCGAUACGGUUUCCAGUGACAAAGCUAUCUGUCAGAGGUGUCACUGUGCAUUAAAGGAUGCGAAAGGCGAUUCUAGCAAUCACCCCGCAACUGCUGUUUCUGCAUAUGUGCCUCCUGAAGUCAGCCCGGGGACUGCAAACUGUGGUGCUAGUAAACCUGACCAAAUUGGGUAUAACUGUGACAAUAGUAGUACUCCCGUUUCAAAAUUGAACAAAACAUCAAAAUACAGGGAAGGGGACUUCUCCCAAAGCUCAAAGAGUAGUAUUGGUGACUAUAGCAGUAGCACUACUUUAAGCGAAGAGAGCAAUCUAAGUGCGCCUUGUUCUGGCAUCAGACCGCACAUGUCUAAGGAUGCAAGAUGGGAGGCUAUCAACCAGGUGAAGAAGCAGCAUGGAUUCCUAGGUUUGGGUCAUUUCAAUCUACUGAAGAAGUUGGGUUGUGGAGAUAUUGGUACAGUCUAUCUUGCCGAGCUGAUAGGAACAAAUUGCUUAUUUGCAAUAAAGGUUAUGGAUAACGAAUUUUUGGCCAGAAGGAAGAAGACACCAAGGGCACAAACCGAAAGAGAGAUCUUAAGAAUAUUGGAUCAUCCUUUUCUCCCAACAUUGUAUGCACAGUUUACAUCUGAUAACUUAUCGUGCUUAGUUAUGGAGUUCUGUCCGGGUGGGGAUCUGCAUGUCCUCCGACAAAAGCAGCCAAACAGAUAUUUUCCCGAACCAGCAGCAAGGUUUUAUGUUGCUGAAGUCCUCCUUGCUUUAGAAUAUUUGCAUAUGCUGGGUGUGGUUUACCGUGAUUUGAAACCGGAAAACAUUAUGGUACGUGAAGAUGGUCACAUAAUGCUCACGGAUUUUGACCUGUCGCUGAGAUGCUCAGUUAACCCGACUCUUCUGAAAUCGUCCUCUUGGGCAUUGGAGCCUGCUAGGAUUUCUGGUCCCUGCGCUGGAUCCAACUGCAUUGAUCCUUUUUGUGCUGGACCAUCGUGCAAAGUUUCGUGCUUUAGCCCUAGGAUCUUACCCGCCACCACGAGAGUAAGAAAACUAAAAGCUGAAGCUGCAGCGUUCAACAGAUCAUUGCCACAGCUCGUAGUUGAGCCAGUAGAGGCUCGAUCGAACUCUUUUGUUGGCACACACGAGUACUUGGCUCCAGAAAUCAUCAAAGGGGAGGGCCACGGGAGUGCAGUCGAUUGGUGGACACUCGGAGUGUUUCUUUACGAACUUCUCUAUGGCAGGACGCCAUUCAAAGGCGCGGGAAAUGAAGAAACUCUGGCCAAUGUGGUCUUGCAGAGCCUCAGAUUUCCCGAUGGCCCCAUGGUUAGUUUCCAGGCGAGGGACUUAAUCAGAGGGCUCUUGGUGAAGGAACCCGAGAACCGGUUAGGAUCAGAAACAGGAGCUGCUGAGAUUAAACGACACCCGUUCUUCGAUGGCCUGAACUGGGCAUUGAUACGCUGCGCCAUACCCCCUCAGGUACCCGAUCUAUGUGAUCUCGAGGUCCCAAAUAUGGCGUUUCACGCCAAAAACAAGAAGUUCCUUGAGUGCAGUGGCACAGGAGAGCAUAUAGAAUUUGACUUGUUCUAGCAAUAACCCAAUGCUCUCUUUACUGUCUGGUUAGGAAGUGCCCUUCAUGUUUCCCCCCAUGCCUGUACCUUACAGUCUUAUAUUAUAAUGUAAAUGUUGAGAACAAGCCGGAAUUUUCACCCUUCGGAUACAAGGAAAUCAUUUGAUCCUUGAGAAAAAUUGUAGUUA